CUUUUUUUUUGAAGCUUUUUUUACCAGUUUUUUGAAAUUUGAGUAAUUAAUUAUUAAUUAAAUUAAACGUUAAUUAGUUCUUAAAUAGAAACAUAAAGUGUUCCGAUGUAUUAAUAUUCUUAUCGUUCGUUGAAUCGCGCUAAUUUUCCUCUUCUAAAGUAAUGAAAUGUGAAUUGUUUCGGUGACCAUUUUGAUUACAUCAGAUUUUUCAAAGAUGAUGUCCCCUUCGCCGAAAUUAUCGAAGAAUCCGUUGAAAAAGAAAACCAGAUGUAUUUAUAAGAACUACAACUGUUCGCAUAUAGCUUUACCUUCAUUUUCGUACUGCAUAAAGCAUAUUUUGGAAGAUAAAAACGCGCCGUAUAAACAGUGUUCUUUUGUUUACUCGUCGAACGGAGAAAAAUGUCAUUAUGCUGUGCCUACGUUACCCUCAGGUCCCUCAAGGGAAAAUAUAUUAUGUACCGAACACGCUCAAGAAUACGAAGCCAAUAGACUGAAACCUAAAUGUAAAUAUUUUCCACCGUUACCUUCGGCCGAUACAAUAUUAUCAGGUUUAUCGCAUUACGUCAAGACUAGUGAGAACUAUAAACGAGAUGGAAGUUUGGUCGGUGCCACCGCUGAUGAACUCUUACAACAAAUUGAAAAGGAUAAGAACAUGGUGGUGAAUCCUUUCGUGGAUAUCGAUCCGUCUGAGAUAAAUUCUAAACCGAACGAAACGUUGAAUUUUUCCUGCGAAAUUGACUCGGAUUUAGAACCAGCUACCUCGGAAAACGUUUGGGAAAAUGCUGAUCAAGAUUCGUCCGAUGCUGAAAGUUUAGAUCUCGAAAUGAGUGACCUGUUGAGACAUGCUGGAGUGUAUACGGACGAAGAAAUGGUGUUAUCGAUACGUAAUCACGCUGUACGACUUCAGAAUCUGUGUAUUCAGCAGUACAGAAGGCUUUUAUAUUUGUUGCGAGAAAAGAAAGCUAGAUAUUUAACGGAAUUGAAGCGAGAGAAAGAGAUUUAUGGUCCUGUGACGAAACCGCAACAGAUGACUCUGCAUGAUAAGAAACAAUAUGAUCAAUUAAGAGCUUUAGCAAGAUAUCAAAAAAUAGGCAUCGGUCCGGAGGCGCUUCUUUUUAAAAAAAUGCUGGAACGACGAAAAGCUGUGACGCCGGGAUUAGUCGUUCGUAGCAAGAACUACAAUAAAUGUACUUUUACCGAAGGUGGAGUUAAAUGCUUGCUGAGAGUGUUACCAGCUACUAAACAUUGCAGAAAGCAUAUUCUAAACGAUCGAGCUCAAGUAUUAUUUCAAGCCUGCGGUGUUCAAAAACAAGAUCAUACGUGUAGAGAACCCAUUGUCCCGAUUCCAAUACCAAAUGCUACCUGUACAUUUCAUUUCUCGUUACCAAAGGAUGCGCUGACUUCGAAGAAGAUUUCGAAACCACCGGAAGACGUCAAGAAGGUAGAUAACGACGACGAUAUCAACGCUCAAACCAAAAUCGACGUCGAAGAUGAUACGAUCAAGGAAGAAAAAUUGAACUUAUCUCAGGAUUUAGCCGGCGAUUCUCUGGAUCUUCUGCUCAACGGAUGCCCAAAAUCGUCAGCUUCGUGUUCAACAUCGUCAUCUCAACCGCAACAAGUGGUCAGUGAUGAAGCUAUACCCACGUCUUCGCAGAUAAAACCCAUCGCCGAUGAUUUAGAUAUAAGUAUGACUGAUAAACUUUUCGAAGACAUUACCAAAAAUUUGAAAAACGAACCUUUUAUGGACGCGUUGGAAAAUUAUUUCAAGGUGGAUUGAUUUUAUUUAUUUAUUUAUUUUUUGAUGAAAUAUGAAAAACUAGUAUGAGAGUAAGUAUGCAACAUUAAAGUCUUUCUGUGUAAUUUAAGCGUAGAUUGUAUCGAAUGUUUAUGAAUGAAGUAUAAUCUAUUUGAUUUGUUUGUUA